UUACAUUGCACAAACAUUACUCAUCACUGUCGUCGCCACGUUGUGGUUAAAAAAACGCCGACAAAACGAAAGGCUGACGAAAUCCGCAGUGCAAAUUGAAUUAAAUUGAAGUGAAAAACAAAGAAAAAUGGUAUUAGACUUGGAUCUGUUUCGCGGCGACAAGGGCGGCAAUCCCGACGCGGUGCGCGACAAUCAAAAGAAACGCUUCAAAGAUGUUGGCCUCGUCGAAACGGUGAUCGCCAAGGAUGGCGAAUGGCGACAGCGACGUCAUCGGGCCGACAACCUGAACAAGGUAAAGAACGUCUGCAGCAAAGUCAUCGGUGACAAGAUGAAGAAAAAGGAACCCGUUGGUGCCGAGGAGGAGCUGCCUGCAGCCAUUCGUGACGAGGAUCUGACGCUGUUGACAGCUGAAUUGCUGCAACCUUUAACUGUUAAUCAGAUUAAAAAAUUGCGUGUGCUCAUCGAUGAGGCGAUGACAGAUAACCAGAAAUCCCUGGAACUGGCGGAGCAGACUCGGAAUACAGCGCUGCGAGAGGUGGGCAACCAUCUGCACGAAUCGGUGCCGGUAUCCAACGAUGAGGACGAGAAUCGUGUGGAGCGCACUUUUGGGGAUUGUGCGAAGCGUGGCAAAUAUUCGCAUGUGGAUCUUAUUGUGAUGAUCGACGGCAUGAAUGCGGAGAAGGGCGCUGUCGUCUCGGGUGGCAGGGGCUAUUUUCUAACGGGUGCCGCUGUAUUUCUGGAACAGGCACUCAUCCAACAUGCACUGCAUUCGCUGUACGCAAAGGAUUAUCUGCCACUGUAUACGCCCUUUUUCAUGCGCAAGGAUGUGAUGCAGGAGGUGGCACAGCUCUCCCAGUUCGAUGAGGAGCUGUACAAGGUGGUCGGCAAGGGCAGCGAACGCGCCGAGGAGGCUGGCAUCGAUGAGAAGUACUUGAUAGCCACGUCGGAGCAACCGAUUGCCGCCUAUCAUCGCGAUGAGUGGCUGCCGGAGGCAUCGCUACCCAUCAAAUAUGCUGGACUGUCGACGUGCUUUCGCCAGGAGGUGGGCUCUCAUGGCAGGGAUACACGUGGCAUUUUCCGUGUGCAUCAGUUCGAGAAGGUGGAACAGUUUGUGCUCACCUCGCCGCAUGACAACAAAUCGUGGCAGAUGAUGGACGAGAUGAUUGACAAUGCGGAACAGUUCUGUCAAUCGCUGGGCAUUCCAUAUCGCAUCGUUAAUAUUGUGUCGGGUGCCCUCAAUCAUGCCGCGUCCAAGAAACUCGAUCUGGAGGCCUGGUUUGGUGGCAGUGGCGCCUACAGAGAACUUGUCUCCUGCUCCAAUUGCCUCGAUUAUCAGGCGCGUCGUCUGCUCGUCCGCUAUGGCCAGACGAAGAAGAUGAAUGCCGCCGUCGACUAUGUGCACAUGUUGAAUGCUACAAUGUGUGCAGCGACACGUGUCAUUUGCGCCAUCCUCGAGACACAUCAGACGGAGACGGGCAUCAAGGUGCCGGAGCCACUCAAGCGAUACAUGCCCGCCAAGUUCCAGGACGAGAUUCCGUUUGUGAAGCCAGCACCCAUUGAUCUGGAAGUGGCCGCAGCUGCCGACAACAAGCAGAACAAGGCCAAGAAGGACAAGGCCAAGAAGGAUCCAGCGGCUGCAUAAAUUUUUGGGUUCCAUUGGUGUCCAGCGUCGCAACAGCCACUCAGCUUAAGCUAAGCUUUCAAGUCUAGAAUUGUGUUACUUACUCAUAAACUAUAUAUUUAUCAAUCGAUCGCAUUUAUUGCCCAAGUUUUACAAUUAAAUCGCGCUUCAAAAUGCAAGAAAAA